AUGAGACUCUUCAGCCCAGCUCAGAGCCUGCUCCCGUUGAACCACACCAAUGAGUCGCAGAUGCAGGUGGCACUGGUGCAGCGCUCCGAAGGCCGUGGCCGCGGCGCACGCCAAUCCUCGGAGGAGCUAGAUGCGGUGGUGUCCAGCAAGUUCUUCGACGACAUCGCAGAUGGUUUCGAGUCCAUUGGCCAGGGCAUCGCGGAUGUGGGCAUGACGGUUGGUAGCGCCGUGGGCAAUGCAGCUGUGGUGGUGGGCAACUCCGUGGUAGAGACAGCGGAAACUGCGGUGGACGCCCUGCCAUCGGAGCUCAAAGAUGCGGCGAAUUCCUUGGGGAACGCUGUGGUCACAGCCGCGGAGGCCGUCGGGGAUGUGGGGGAGAUGGUGGUGGACGCAUACGUGGACUUGGCGGAUGCUGCCCUCUCGGCCGCGGAGCAUGCAGCCGAGCAGGCCGCCAAAGUGGGAAGUGCCCUGGGGAACAAGAUCGCGGAUGCAGCUCAUGCCAUUAGAGAAGGCAUUGAAAAAAUUGAAAAAGUCGGCGCCAUGGCCGUUGGUUUUGCUAGGGCGGCGUGGGAAGCGAUCAAGGACUGGAUCAAUUGUUUGGUGAAUUUCAUGGAUAACUUCAUGUGCAGGGUCUUGAUCGGUGAUCAGUGCGACUGCGAUGCUGGCAAUGGUUUGGAUAUCUCUGGCGGUGGUCUCUCGCUGACGUGUAGGCGGAUCCGCAGGCCUGUGCUAACAAAUUGCAAGUGCAGUGGACGCCCAUUCGAGUUUCAAGCAUGCUUGUUUGGAAUUGCAGCAUGCUAUGUGGCUGAAAUCAGCACAUUUGGGCUAGGUUUUGAUUCCGGUGCGACGGUUGCGCAGUGCAGGUAUGUUUGUCUGGAAUUGCAACAUACGAUGUGGCCGAAAUCUGCGCAUUUUGGCAAGGUUCUGAUUCCGGUGCAACGGUUGCCCAGCGAGCUGAGGUGA